AUGGAGGAGCUCUGACCUUCACCAUCUCUUCUGCAGGUGGACAAGUGGAACAGACAUGACCAGAAGCUGGUGGAAGCGGUGGAGAAAGGGGAUUCGAAGAAGGUCUCUUCUAUCCUGUCCAAGAGGCCGAUCAGUGCCACCAAGAACGGCCCAGGUGGCCAGUCAGCUUUCCAUCUCGCGGCCGCCAAGGGUCUCACAGAGUGCGUGAACUUCAUUCUAUCCUACAAAGUAGAGAUCAACGCUAAAACGGACGAUGGUUGCACCGCACUACACCUGGCCCCAACAAUUGUCACCCGGAAUGUGUGAAGCUGCUCUUGCACAACGGCGCUCACGAGGACUCCAUAGACUUCCACAGUCGGACGCCAUUACACUGCGCCGCCACCUCCGGAUGUGUCUCCAGCGUUCUGCUCCUGUGUGACGCAGAGGACACCGUCCUGGAUGCCGCCGAUGACGAUGGACGAACGCCACUUAUGAUCGCUGCCCAACGCAACCAUCCCACACCGUCUGCUCGCUGCUGCUCGACCGCGGCGCUCAGGUGGACCUGUGUGACCGCGAGAAGAAGACGGCGCUGAUUCUGGCCUGCGAGAGAGGCAAUAUCCAGGCGGCGGAGACCCUCAUCACCAAGGGGGCGGACCCCCAGCUGAAGGAUAACAAAUUCUGCGACCCGCUCGCUUACGCCAGCCAGGCGCGGGAUGAAGCGCUCAAGAAACUGAUCCAGUCCGCCCUGGACAGGAGGAAAAAUGCACAACGGUCGUGGCAUCACGAUGACCAACCUGCACCCAAGGCUGCCUCACCGAACUCAAGCCAAGAGCAAGAACUGGUCACCAUAUGGAAGAAAAGAUUUCACGAAGAGCAAAAGCGAGGAGUUUGGCUACAGGGAGAACUGAUGAUGAAGACCCAAGAAAUCGAGAGGAUAACCGAGGAGCAAAGGGUAGAAAACAACAGAAUUCGAGAACUUACAGAGAGUUUGGAGGGUCUUUUGGACAGGCAACCCGAGAACCUUGGAGCUAUGGCCGGAGUUCCCACCUCAGACACCUGUGGCCUGUUGUCUCGAGUUCUGGAACAAGUUAGGACUUUAAAAGAUCAGGUAAACGAGAGGAAGUUUCUAGACCAGAGGAUCAAGAUCCUCACUUCCAAGGCUGCAGAGGCUGAAAAGAUGAAAUACCAGCACCAAGAAGAAACGAGGCUUCUUCAAAGCGAAGCUGCUGCAGCAAAGGAGAAGGAAGAGGGUGCGAGGAAGAAAGUGAUGGAGCUGGAAGGCCACUUGGAGAACAUGAGGGAGGUGUUGUCACAAUUUGAGAAGCGCAAGCGAAUACAAAGUACGGUAGUAGAAGAUCUGCAGGAACAGAUCUCGGAGGUGACCAAAGAGAAAGAAGAACUUCUGGUGCUGUUACAUAAAUUGGAAAGGCAAGAGGAAAAUGUUGGCAGCGGUCAGACGAAGAGAUCUGCCAAUGGCCAGGCAUUGACUGAAAUGGCCGCCUUGAGCGAGUUCCUUAUGAAGCUAAAAAGCAACUGUGUUAACGUUGAGGUAAGGCAAAACAAUGAAGUAUCAAAGAGGUGCUCGGGUUAUGUGCCAAAGGGCAUUCUGGAAAAAAGUGCAGAGGACUGGAAAACCACCGUGGCAUCAAUAGAGAAUUAUAUUGCAACAACCGAGAGACUACAGCAGAACGUAGGUUCGUUGCAAAGAGCAGACUCCGAUCUUGUGAACGGUACCACGGAUGAGAAAGCCAAGGGGAACAGGACAAUCAAUGCUUUAGAACACUACCGUCCCGUAGAAACCAAUGUGCCUUGUUUACAAGAAGACCUGACGUAUUGUCCUAAAAACAGUGUAGCCCAACUCAGCAGAGGACAAUCCCUUUAUGAUACCCAAAUCAGUGACCACGAGAGGAGUAUAGACGCCUUAAAACAAACGAUUCGAGGCUUAGAGGCAGAACUGUCCUCUCUUAAGACCACCAACGUUGACUUUCUCUCCAGAAUGAACCAAGUCAUUCAGGAAAAGCAAAACCUCGAAGAAGGACUCCUUGCCCUGCAGGAGAGCAUGCAGUCAGAGUUUGCCAUGAGGCAAGAAACUGAACUUCGGUGUAAGGAUUACAAACACCAAAUCGGAGUCUUAUCCGAUGAACUGCAGUCGGAGCAGGACAAACUCAAAAAGCUAAAAGCGCGACUGGAGGCUCAGCAAAGUGAAAUGGCCGUGCUGAGGGACAGCUUUCCUCCAGAGGUCCUCCAGGUGGAGAACAACAGAAGCGUUGAGAUGUUCAGCUCGGACAUCUUAGAAGAGCUCUACUGGAAUGUUGGGACUUUGGUCAGACAAUACAACGAGGCUUUGCAGCAGGUGGCCGCAUUACAAAAGGAGAACCUUAAGCUUCUGGAUGACCAAGUUCAGACCAUAUCUAUGACGGAGCACAAAAACAGUCUCAAUGAAAUGAAGAACGACUUGCAUGGCAAGGUCAAGGAGAUAGAAGACGUAAAGCAAAGGCUGUUCCAAGCCAUGGGUAGCGUGGUAGAGCUCAAAGAUCAACUUGAACUCCAAACCUCUAACUCUGUCUCCAAAGCAGAAGUGGAAAGCCGAAUGGGGGACCUGGAAAGUGUAGUCAUGGCUCUGAAGGAAGAGAACGAAGCCUGCAAGGUGGCACUGGAGGGCAAAUGCGAGGAAGUCAUAGUCCUAAAGCAACAGCUGGAACAGGAGGCUGAAGAAAGCCAAGCUUUACGGCAAAAGGAAGUAAACAUGCUGCAGGCGUUUGAAAGAGCCAGGGAAAAUCUGGAGGUCCAACUUCGAGCAUUGCGAGAGGAAGUCCAGGUCCUAACCAAGGAACAAAACAAAACUACAGAGCAGGCCAACCGUGUAAGGACCAGCUGGCAUCCGAGCAGGAAAAGGUGGUGGUCCUGGAUGGCAAAGUUAGGGAACUGGAGAGAGAGAAGCUGAAAUUCUGAAGAUGAAGGUCCAGAAGUAUGAAGAAGAGAGUCGCCAAUUCAAUCAAAAGUACGACCUACUGUCUAGAGUGUCCCAAGAAAAACAGGAGAAGAUGGAGGCAUCUGUGAAGGAGUCCAAGUCCUUGUCUAAGGAGAUCGAGCAACUGCAGAGACGUUGUAUCGAAUUGGUGGGUCAGCUGGAGGAGAAUAAUAAACGUCAUCAAGAGACGGUCACCAUCUACAGGACUCACCUGCUCAACGCAGCUCAGGGCUACAUGGAUGAAGACGUCCACCUGACGUUACACUGGAUCCUGAAGAUGCAGAACGACGUUGUUUACUAA